AGUUGAAAUUGUGAUUUUGAGAAAGCAAGAUGUGUGACGGAUUCUUUCUGUAAAACCACGCGAUAAAAAGUUUUUCAAAGAAAUAAGAAGUAGUUUGUUUAAUUCAGACGAAAGAAGUUGAUGUUUUUGAUACAUCUUGAAGACCACACUAAUAUCUCUCAUUUGAAAUUCGUAAAAAAUCAGGAAUUCAUUAAAAAGUCAUUUGAAAAAUCCAUCCGUGAUAAGCUUAAAUUAUUUUAUUGAAUAGAAUAAUUGAAAAAUAGUGAGAAAAAAGGGGAAACAAAGUGAGAGCCCCGUUGUAGAAAUUUCAACAGUAAUUCUUAAACUGUUCCACAUGCUGUAUAACGACGAUCGAAUUAUUUUAAUGAAAAUUAGAAGAAAUUUUGACUUCAAUUACUUAAAUAUAUCAAACGUUACGUAACAGUGGUUUCUUACUCUUAUUGCAACUAUUCUUUAAGAAGAUAUAUUUUAUAUUUUCAAAGAGAUUUCUUAGAAAACAUCAUCAGAUAAAGAAGACGACAAAACGACAAAUAAUUUCAUCAGAAAAUUGUUACUGACGAAAGAAAUUUCAAGAAAAAAAUUGAAAUCUAAGUGAUUAUGAAAAGUGCCCUCUUUUUAUUCAUCCUGUCGGUUACAUCGACUGCCUUAGCACGGCCUCCAACCUUCGAAUCGGAAGAGUAUACAGAUAACAAUUUGGUUGAUACGAUACCCGAAGAAAUUCAUGAAGAUGAACGAACAGAACAUGUUUCGAUAACAUCGGCACCAAAGAAAGACAUUUACUUUCCAUCAGAACCAAUAGAAGCUGAAUGUAGAGUUACUGGAAUGCCAGUCCCUGUUGUCGAGUGGGUACAUGGAACAGGAUCAAUAAAUAACAAUGACUUUGAGAUGAAUACAAUCAUUGAUCAGAGCCCUUCGGGCAUAGCGACAGUUGUUGCACGAUUGAUCAUUAAACCGCAUCAUGUGAAACCUGGCACAACUAGAACAUUUACAUGUGUCGGUAAAUCAGGAGCCAAGGUUGUCAAAGCAUCAACAACUGUUCAUUUUAGCCAUGAAUCGAAACAGCCUGAUAUAAUUUCAGCACUUGUUGGAAGUGAGAAGAUAAAAAUCUACGAAUUCUAUGAAAAUCUUUUCGAAUACAUUGGUUCGAAUGUUGUGUUACCAUGCAAAGCCACUACAAAAGCUGAAAUUUAUUGGAUCAAUGACGAUGGAAAAUUAAUCACAGGACAGGAACCAAGACUCAAGGUUCUUGAAACUGGUGAACUCUUGAUCACAAACCUUAGAUUCGGUGAUAUGGGAACUUAUAUUUGUCUUGCUAAGAAUAAUGUGUCGAAAGAUGUUGCUAGUACUUUCCUUUAUCCACUCGCUAACAAGAAAUAAGAAUCUUAAAUCAUUGUCGGAACUCAUUAAAAUAUGUACACGAAAAACGCCAUUUUUUAAAAAUUCACACAGAAAAUAAAUAAUAAGUAAUAAGUAUCGGAGGCCGAAAAGACAAGUUACUUAAAAAUUAUUUUUACCAAUCAAUUAUAAUUACCAUAUGUUUUUACUUUAGUCUUUUAAAUUAUUUAUUAAUUAUGCAAACAGUUUAGAUUUAAGAAGUAAUGUUUUAAUGGUAAAAAAUUGCUUUAAAUUGAUUUUCCUGUCAACAUCUUGAAAAUGUAAUCGAGAAAGAUUUCUCGAAAAAGAUUUUAUUUUUGAAGGUGAAGAAGAGUAUCCGAUCAUAAAAUUUCUAGUGACGUUAAAUAUCUCAUCUCAGGCUAAGAAAUAUUGUUUAGUUGGAUUAGUUCUUUAUUAUUAGAUUUUAUUUUGAAAAAUAUUAAAUAAUAGAGGCUACAGUAUAUCCAUAUUUUAUUGUCUUUUCAACCUUGAUAAAAUAAUAUGUUCAAAAUAAAUAAAGAAGAAAACAUGAAAAUAUAGGAAAUUUAAUUGCAUUG